AUGACAGAACCCCUGUCUGACUGGGGCGUCAUCAGUGAUCAUCCGGCCAAGAUACGCUUCGAGAUUGCCAUUGCUUCUCCCCUAAACCCUAGCGCCGGGCCUGGCCGCGCCCACCCGUAUUUGCUGUCACAGCGCGAAUCACGGACAAUAACCGACCACUCAAGAGUCCCGAGCCCCUGGACGAGGAGGCGGACUGCCACAGCUUACCCCUACUCAAAGCGCCCGAUCGGUAUUAGCUCCAUCGCCCGCGACAUCCCCAAUAACCUCAGAUCUUUUUACAAUCACAUUCGCGACCAGAAACAAUGCAAAAAUGCCCUCGCCACCGGGUUCCACAGCUCGGACGGCGACAGCGGCGACUUUGAUUACUGCGGCGACUACCUAGAAAAGUACAACAUCGUGUACCUUCAGGGCCGCAACGGCGAGCUUGUCAAUUUGGACAUCGACUGUGACGGAAUCCAGGGUGGGCCUGCUGACGACGGUCGCUGUGGGUCGUCUGGCGAUACGCAGUCGCAGACGAGUUUCCAGGAGGAUCUUCAAAGUUAUGGCGCCAACCAGACCGACCUCGACGCCAACGUCCACCCCUACGUCGUCUUUGGCAACGAAAGCGAGGAGAACAAGAAGGGGUGGCCGACCUUUGACCCCAGCGCCCAUGGCAUUGAGCCGCUGAGCAUCAUGGCCGUUGUCUGCAAUGACCAGCUCUACUACGGCAUCUGGGGCGACACGAACGGUGACGACGGCGACGAGGCCAUGGGGACAGGUGGCAUGGCUCUUGCUCUCUCGCCCACCUCUACGAUGGUGGGUAAAAUGAAAGGAAGCAAGUUCUGCGAGUGGCAAGAUGUACAACACCUGCUACGCCUUGGCUACUACGAGGACGCUGUGUCAAGACUGUUCUCUGCCGUCUAA